AACCCAAAACCCCACUUCCAUUCAAUCAAACCAAAUCCUCCGUCGAUUCUUCCAACAAUGGGUUGCUUUCUAGCUUCUUGUUUCCGCCAUUCCAAGCGCCGGAAACCCAAAAAGUCCCCCUCGUCCUCAAAUCAUAUUCUUAAACCUAAUGAAGCUGUUCAUCCGCUGGAUCGCGCCAAGGAAGAGCCGCAACUGUCGUCGGUUAGCCUAAAUGCGGAUUCUCUAGAGAAAGUUGGAGAGCAGAUUGAGUUGUGUCACAGUGGUGAGAAAACUUCUGACCCGAUUGUUGAGGAUGAUGCAGUGGUUCCUACUCAGGAUGUUGAAAAUGUUUUGGAUGAGGUUAAAAAGGAGGAGAAGAGUGGGCUGGAAGAUGAUGAACCGAGAGGAAGCUCGAAUUUAUCCACUGCAUUUUCUUUGCCUCUGAAUCAUAGGUAUGCAGAUUGCAGAAACAGCAACGACGACGAAUGUGUAGAGGAAAUGGAUCUUUUAGAUGAAGGAGAAGGAAGAAAAGAUGAUGGUGAUGGAAGAAGUGAGUUAUUUGUUCAGCAGGAAUCUUCAGAGUCUCUGUUUUCUUUGUCAUUAGGUUCAAGGAAACAAAUUUGUGCAGUUGAAGCUGGAGAGAAUGAGGUUAAUAGUCCAGCUCCAAGCCAUUGUUCUUGUGGUACUCAACCUGAGAAGGCUUCACCGGGCCAGAAGACGGGAUGUCAGAACCGGAAUGCCGAUUCUGUUCUUGCCCCAAUUGAGAAUGUUACUCAUUUGAAUGCUGCAAGAGUGAAAACGGUGCCACCAGUUCGUCUAGAGAAGGAGAAUAUCGAUUCAGAAAAAGAUUAUGAUGUGCCCAUCAGUCCGGAGCCUACUCCUAAAAGGCCGUUAAGAAAGUUGAAAGAAAAUCAUAGCAAUUCAAAGCCUGCAGAGGACGAGAUCGCGGUAGAUACCAGCCUUUCGAACUGGCUGAUUGAAUGUGAUACCACACCAAAAUCCAAGAGUAGUUCUAGCUCAAUUGGAAACUCACCUAUGUGGACUAGAAAUUCAGCCAAAAGCUAUGAAGACAGGCCAAUUUUAGGAGCAUUGACACUAGAAGAGCUUAGACAGUUCUCUGCAUUUUCGACUCCAAGGCGAUCGAGGAGUCGGAGUCCGGAGGAGACACCGAUUAUAGGUACUGUUGGGAGUUAUUGGAGUCAUACAAGACAGGAUGCAGAUUUCAAUCCAGGCUCAUCAUCACCUUGCACGGGAUCGACGAAAACAGCUAGAAAAAACCGAGAGGAUGAGAGGGUCAAUUGGAAUUCAACUCCAUUUCUAGAAAGAUUGGACAGGGCUUUGGCAUCAAAUUCUGCUGAAGUUUAGUAUGUCUCUAAUUAGAAUAUUGUUGUGUGGUCUUGCUUUAUAAAUUGUCUUUUCCUUUUCAACUUGCCUUGGAAAAGUGAAAUAUAUUUUUGGAUGUAAAAAGCAAUGUGCAGAAAUAAGUAAAUAAUUAUUAGUUCUUUCUGUUGUUUGCUUUGCUCAUGAACAUGUCUAUCCUUUUGUAAGUAAUUUAUGCUAAUGUUUCAUUCUCUUUAAAAGAAGUCAUCUGUAUCUUCCCAUUGGUAUACAGCGGUCCCAAGUUUAGAAGGCAAUGUCGAGAUAAUAGUCAUUGGUAAGUUAGCUAUCUACACACUAUGGAUCAAAAGUAAGGAAAUUCUAGAAUGCAUUACUAUCAAAUAAACAGUCCUCUACGCACUCGGCAUUUCCAUCAGAAAGUACUGCUCCAAGCCAUUGUUUCACCAUCRGGCAAUCCAAGCAUACCUUAGUGGAUAAGGCACCAAUUAUUUUCAUGGGAGUGAAAAUUCAAUCUCCCAAGUCCCACCCCACAUAAAAACUAUUCUCACAAUUGAUUUGUUGUUCUUCCUUUCCAUGAAUAUAGAUCUGAUUAUUUUGUGGA